GUCAUGCGCCGCACGUCGCCGCGCGCAUGCGCUCCUUUCCACGUGCGAAAGCCUGAGACUCGUGGAGUCAGGGACGCCGCAGACUCCCGGAGCCGCGCGCCUGGAGAGCAGUGAUGAAGCCAGGUUUCAGCCCCCGUGGGGGCGGCUUCGGCGGCAGAGGAGGCUUUGGUGACAGAGGUGGUCGAGGAGGAGGCCGAGGAGGUCGAGGAGGCUUUGGCGGUGGCCGUGGUGGCUUUGGUGGGGGUCGUGGCCGAGGUGGUGGCGGAGGCUUCAGAGGCCGAGGAGGUGGAGGAGGGGGAAGAGGUGGGGGCUUCCAGUCUGGGGGCAACCGGGGCCGUGGUGGCCGGGGAGGCAAAAGAGGAAACCAGGCAGGGAAGAAUGUGAUGGUAGAGCCCCACCGGCAUGAAGGUGUCUUCAUAUGUCGUGGAAAGGAAGAUGCCCUUGUCACAAAGAAUCUGGUCCCUGGAGAAUCUGUUUAUGGGGAGAAGAGAGUCUCUAUUUCGGAGGGAGAUGACAAAAUUGAGUACCGUGCCUGGAACCCCUUCCGCUCCAAGCUGGCAGCAGCAAUCCUGGGCGGUGUGGAUCAGAUCCACAUCAAGCCAGGAGCCAAGGUGCUCUAUCUUGGAGCAGCCUCAGGCACCACUGUCUCCCACGUCUCUGACAUUGUAGGCCCGGAUGGCCUAGUCUAUGCAGUUGAGUUCUCCCACCGCUCCGGCCGUGACCUCAUUAACUUGGCCAAGAAGAGGACCAACAUUAUUCCUGUGAUUGAGGAUGCCCGGCACCCACAUAAAUACCGCAUGCUCAUCGCAAUGGUGGAUGUGAUCUUUGCCGACGUGGCCCAGCCAGACCAAACCCGGAUUGUGGCCCUGAAUGCCCACACCUUCCUGCGGAAUGGAGGACACUUUGUGAUUUCCAUUAAGGCCAACUGCAUCGACUCCACAGCCUCUGCCGAAGCUGUGUUUGCCUCUGAAGUGAAGAAAAUGCAGCAGGAGAACAUGAAGCCCCAGGAACAGCUGACUCUAGAGCCCUACGAGAGAGACCACGCUGUGGUGGUGGGUGUGUACAGGCCGCCUCCCAAAGCUAAGAACUGAAUGGAGCUCAAUGCUGUCUGGAUUCGAAGAAAUGUGUGUUGCUACUGUUGCACGUGUGACUUUUUUUUUCUAUUAAAAGACUCAUCUGUC